AUGGCGAUCUUCAUUUUCGGCGUCAACUUCGGCGAGAAAAAGCUCGUCAAGAAAGCCCUCACCUCCUUCUUCGCCCUCGGCACCCAGUCCGCCGACCGGAUCAUGGCCAAGUACUCCAUCUUCCCGCGCCAACGGCUGGAGGCGCUCAGCCCCAAAACCAUCAUGCAGCUGACGGCGGAGCUGUCGACAAUGCCGAUCGAGAACGACGCCCGCAAGGUCGUGCAGAACAACAUCAAGCGGCUCAGGGAUAUGGGCUCGUACAGGGGCAAGAGACACGUCAUGGGUCUGCCGGUGCGCGGACAGCGGGCGCGCAACCAGAACGCGACGUCGGCGAGGUUGAACAGAUUGGAGAGGUUUGGGCGGUGGUGA